CUGUCAACACGUCUGGUACAUGGGCGAUAAAACCUUUCAUAAGGCUUCGGUCUUAUUAGGGCAAGCGGAUAUCGCACCAACUAUAGUUGAAGCAGUGCAGUUUCACGGCAUAAGGAUCACAAAAAAUGACGCUUUAGUCAAAGAGGUGUCAGAGCUAUAUCGCAGCGCAACUCUCGAUGAACUUGUUCACAAUUCACAUCUGGCGGCGAAACACUUACAGGAAGUCGGUUUGAUGGAAAAUGCUAUCCCACUGAUCGACACAACGCCUUCCAGUAAUGGCUACAUUGUCAAUUUUGUGGUGAAAGAGCCUAAGGCAAGCUGCCAUCUUUUCCGUCAGCUUCUGGCGUUCACCUUAGGCUUGAAAGCUGGCAUCAGCACAAAUGGUGACGCUGACAUGUCACUGAAUGCUGGAAAACAAAGCGUUUGCGGUCGUGGUGAAGCUGUCAACACCAGUUACACCUAUACGGUCAAGGGAGAUCAUAGCUUCAAUAUUGCAUUCUCAAAACCUUUCCUAGGCUGGCAGAAAUAUUCCAAUGCAAGUACGUUCUACGAAGUGAACCUAAUUAGCACUCAAUCUUGUUUUAGAGCGAUUUCUUAUCUGCCUUGGAAUCAUUCUAACUGUGAGGAAAAUGCAAUUAUACUUGGAUAUAAUGGCCAGAUCACUAGGUGGAUCCUUCAUCAAAUAAAGUUCAACACUAUGUGGCGAACGCUGCGUGCUACUGAGGAUUCGGCAUUUUCGGUUCGUGAACAUGCCGGUCACACAAUGAAGUUCUCUGUGGAAAACGCAUUAGCCUUUGAUACCAGAGAUAGACCAAUUUUAGCUUCUAAGGGAAUAUUGGCGCGAGUAACGCAAGAGUAUGCUGGUCCAUUUGGCGAUUCUUCAUACAUUAGGCAUCAACUUGAUUUACAGACUGCAGUUUACUAUAGAAACGCAGCGUUGUCUACUGCAGAAGCUCAACUCUGCAAAUUCGCCAAAUUUUCGUGUUCCCCUUUGAUUUUGGAUGAGUCCAAUCCUUCAGCGGUAAGAAGGAAAAGGAAAGUGAAAAACUUAUGAAG